UUGUGAAGCAUCACUAUCUAAUUUUAUUUAAUUUUUAAUUUUUUAAUUUUUUGAGAUGGAGUGUCGCUCUCUCACCCAGGCUGGAGUGCAGUGGCGCUAUCUCGGCUCACUGCAACCUCUGCUUCCCAGGUUCAAGUGAUUAUCCUGCCUCAGCCUCCCAAGUUGCUGGGAUUACAGGCACGUGCCACCAUGCCUGAGUCGGGGUCUCCCUAUGUUUCCCAGGCUGGUCUCGAACUCCUGACCUCAAGUGAUCCUCCUACCUCAGCCUCCCAGAGCGCUGGGAUUGAAGACGUGAGCCACCGCACCUGGCCUGAAUUUUCCUCAGAUUCAAAAAAUCCUGAUGAAGGUUUGGCUAAAAUCUUUGAUGAAAUUCUGCUGCAAGUGUUUUCCAAGGUUCCGUAUGACCCAUCAUUUGAUGAAACAAGAACAGCAGUCAGAUCCAUUACAAAGAGAGACACACAAAAAAGCAAGCUAUUCCCAACAAAAGAGCUUGAACAGUGCUGCAUUUGCAUCAGGUUCAAAUGAGCGAGAGGAACAUUUGGCUAAAAUAUUUGAUGAAAUUCUACUGCAGGUGUUUCCAAAGGUUCCGUAUCACCCAUCAUUUAACGAAACAACAGCAGUCAGAUCCAUUACAAAGACAGACAUGAGAAAAGAUCACCUUUCAGAGGAGAAGAGUUUUAAAGAAUCCUCUCUGUUCGACAGGGUUUUAAGAGAGCAGUUAACUACUGUAGAUAAAGAAACACUUCAAGGGGCAGCUAAACCAGAUGCUCACUUUAGGACUAUGCCCUGCGGGCAGCUUCUGCACUUCCUGCAGAGGAACACCAUCAUCGCUGCCGUCUCAGGGGUGGCCAUCCUCAUGGCCACCGUGCUGUUGCUGCUUGGGUUGGCCUCAUACAUCAGGAAGAAACAGCCAUCAUCUCCUCCGGCAAACACGACAUAUAAUAUUUUUAUAAUGAAUGGAAAGACAUGGUGGCAAAAUUCUGAAGAAAAAAAUUUCACAAAAUGUGCAAAAAAACAGAAACAGUUGAAGAGCAGCUCCGGCGUCUAAGCCAGGUCGUGGGGCAGUCAAACCAGGACUUGAAACCACAAUGCAAGCACAUUCUUCAUCUGCACACCACAGGGAGGCAAUUCCAUUUCUGCCUGGGAGGUGUAUUCUACAAAAACGUCUGCUUCCCGUCCCAAUUUGAAUGGACCAAGAAAAACUGCUUUACCGUAGGACACUUGUGGCCAUAUGGCACCGGUGGCUGGUGUCGGCGAACCCGACAGACUAUGGACUUAUUUGAUAAAGCAUUGAUUCAUUUAUUCAGUCAUUCAUUGAACAGAUAUUAAUAGACCACCUCACAUGCUGACAAUAUCAAAAUACAAUGAGGAAACUAACAGUGACCCAGGCAUGCAUUCUGUCCCGAGCAAGAUCACAGUCUAGGGUGUGAACACAACCAUAUUAAAUAGCUUUUAUGGGAGGUGGGAGUACAGAAAGUAUUAUAUCUGCAAAGAAACUGCUAAGAAUUGUGGGAGCUCCCCAGGAGGUGAUUUCCUGCUUGCAUGACCAGCAAAAAGAAAUAGGGUAAUUGAGAGUGUCAUGAAGUGGGGUUAUUUAUUUAUUUAUUGAGUCAGAGUCUUGCUCUGUCACCCAUGCUGGAGUGCAGUGGCGUGAUCUCGGUUCACUGCAACCUCCGCCUCCCGGGUUCAAGCGAUUCUGCCUCAGCCUCCCGAGUAGCUGGGACUACAGGCACUUGCCACCACACCUGGCUAAUUUUUGUAUUUUUAGCAGAGACCGUGUUUCACCAUGUUGGCCAGGAUGGUCCCGAUCUCUUGACCUUGUGAUCUGCCCGCCUCGGCCUCCCAAUUUUUUUUUUUUUUUGAGACAGAGUCUCGCUCUGUUGCCCAGGCUGGAGUGCAGUGGUGUGAUCUUGGCUCACUGCAACCUCCACCUCCCGGGUUCAAGCGAUUCUCCUGACUCAGCCUCCCGAGUAGCUGGGGUUAUAGAUGCGUGCCGCCACACCCAGCCAAUUUUUGUAUUUUUAGUAGAGAUGGAGUUUCACCAUGUUGGCCAGGCUGCUGUCAAACUCCUGACCUCAGGUGAUCCCCCCGCCUCGGCCUCUCAAAGUGCUGGGAUUAUAGGCAUGAGCCACCAUGCCUGGCCCAUAGAAGCUUUUAGUUCAUUUAUGCAGAGUUUAAGCUGGGAAUAUGAAAGCCUAAACUCAUCCCUUUCCCCACUUUCUCCAGCAACCAGCCAAUAUUAUACUCCUCAGUUUAACUAACAUGUUCUCAGGUAUCAUCAAACACAUGGGCACCCAGAACCUUGCCUUUUAUAUGUGUUUGAUUGAGAGUAUCCAAUGGUAAUAUUUUGUAUAUCUCUAUUGCCACAUCAUGCCGUGGAGUACCUAAGUGCCCUCUUGGCCACUGGAAAUAGAUUUAAAAUUCUGUUCCUCUCUUCUAGUACCAAAAUUUGGAUGAGUCAGGGUCCCAUGAGAGAAACAGAACUAGUAGGAGGAUAUAUAGAAUACUAAGAGAUUUUUUUUAACUUUUAAUUUUUGUGGGUACAUAGUAGGUGUAUGUAUUUAUGGGGUACAUGAGAUAUUUUGAUACAGGUAUGCCAUGUAUAAUAAUCACGUGAGGGUGAAUGGAGUAUCCAACACCUGGUGCAUUUAUCCUUCAUGUUAUAAACAAUCCAAUUCUAUUCUUUUAGUUAUUUUUAAGGUGCAAUUAAAUUACUAUUGACUAUGGUGACCCUACUGUGCUAUCAAAUACUAGGUCUUAUUCAUUCUUUUAUUUUUUGUACCUAUUAACCAUCCUUACAUCUCCCCUACCCCCACUACUCUUCCCAGCCUCUGGUAACCAUCCUUCUACUCUCUAUCUCCAUGAAUUCAAUUGUUUUAAUUCUUAGUUCUCAGAAAUGAUGAGAGCAUGCAAAGUUUGUCUUUCUGUGCCUGGCUUAUUUCACUCAACAUAAUGACUUCCAGUUCCAUCUAUGUUGGUGCAAAUGACCAUUUUUUGAAUGGCUGAAUAGUACUCCAUUGUGUAAAUGUACCACAUUUCCUUCAUCCAUUCAUCUAUUGAUAGACUGUUAGGUUGUUUCCAGAUCUUGGCUAUUGUGAAUAGUGCUGCAGUAAACAUGAGAGUGCAGAUAUCUUUUUGAUACACUGAUUUCCCUUCUUUUGAGUAUAUACACAGCAGUGGGAUUGCUGGAUUGUAUGGUAGCUCUAUUUUUAGUUUUUUGAGGAACCUCCAAACUGUUCUCCAUAGUGGUUGUACUAAUGUACAUUCCAUACAUUAGCAACAAUGUAUGAGAGUUCCCUUUUCUCCACAUCCUCGCCAGCAUUUGUUACUGCCUGUCUACUGGAUAUAAGGGACAAUUCUUCCCUAGAGCCUCUGAGGGGCCUGCAGCCCUGCUAACACCUCGGUUUCAGAAUCUGGCCUCCAGAAUG